AUGGCGAAUUCCGCGAAGUUCCUAUUUCUUCCUGCUGUGAACACGAGCGGACCCGAUGCGAAGGCCAGCGUGGCCCCUCCGACCUUGGAACCCGCAGGAGGCAUCUGCCCCGCCUGGCUCAACACCAACCACAUCCUUUUUCAAAUCGCCAACCUCUUCUUACUGCUGUCCUAUGUUACUCCCGGAGGACCGUACACCUUACUCUAUCUGCGGGUCGUCAUCGGUCUGGGCUCCUUCUUCUACGCGCUCUGGGGCUACGUCAUCCUGUGCGCUUUCGACACACUCCUGUGGAACGCCCUCUUUGCGCUCAUCAACCUCGUCCACAUCAUCGUGCUCGUCCGCGGCUUACAGCCCGUCUCGUUCUCCGCCGAGCUGGAGACGGUCUUCGAAGACCUCUUCCGACCGCUGGGGGUGACGCGUCAUCAGUUCCGGGGCAUCGCCGACAGCGUCAGAGGAACUCGAGAUCUCAGCAAACGGGAUCAGUUAGUCGUCGAAAAGGUCUCCCGCAACGAUAACCUUUCCCUCGUGGUCAGCGGCGACCUUUUGGUGUCAAGGAAGCGGCGUCCCGUCGAGAUGGUCGGUAAGUACGAGUUCCUCGAGUCUUCCGACUGGUUCGACGUCCCCGAGAGCGACCUGUACCAGGUGACCGCAACCGCGCUGGGAGCCUGCAGGGUCGUGGUGUGGAAGAGGGAGACGCUGAAGGUGGCCGUCGGCGAUGACCCUUUUCUGAAGUCAGUCUUCAAUAACCUUGUGGGCAAGGAUCUGGCGCGCAAGUUCUAUGCGGCGAAGAAGUCAAGACAAUUCGGCGUCGUUUUGGACGAACUGCUUUCCCCCGUGUCAUCAUCAUCAUCAUCAUCAUAA